AUGGGCCUCAGUGUCAUUGGGAAGCUGGAAGCAGGGAUAAGUAUUGCAGAAUGGGAGGACAACAACGCCUAUGAAGCACUGGCAGUUUGGUAUCGACGGUGCCAUGCCAGCAACUGCCUUUACCCCCAUGGCAGAUUGCGGUCAGGAGAGGGGCCCUGGGAGCUGCUCCUCUGCAGCUCCUGUGCUGCACGAGGCACACACCGCCGCUGCUCCUACCUGAGUGAUAGCAGAACCGAAUGGGAGUGCAACGCCUGUGCUGGAGAGGGCACCGCCUCCAGCACCAGCUCAGGUCUUGCUGGCCUCGGCACCACCAGCCAGCAGGGACUGCAGCUAUCUCAAACCUCUGUGACACCAGAGAGCAGCAGCUCCGGCACCACCAGUGAGCACGGACUGCCGCCACCCCAAGGCUCCACAGCACCAGAGAGCAGCAGCUCUACAACCACCAGCCAGGCACCAUCGGAGCCAGCUAACCGUUCCCGUGUGCCUGAGAGCAGCGGCCUGUCCAGCCAUCACAGGACAGAGUGCCAUGGACGCUGUGAGACAACCCAUAAUGCUGCUCCAAUUGCUGAGAGCAGCACCUCAUACUCUGCCAUCCAGGGGACAUCACGGUCCUCGAGGCGCUGCCGUGCACUGGAAUACAUCUUCAGUAGCAGGCUGAGAGAGCAGGCCCGGACAAGAAGCCGCUCUCCGUUGCGGCACCAGGCCCCAGAAUCUCCGAGCCAGCCCCAGAGACACCUUGGGAGCAGGCAGACAACAAGCCCAGGUGCUCAGAGAUGCAGCUACACCGCACCAGCAGCACCGGGUUCCUGUGUGCCUGAGAGCAGCGGUCUGUCCAGCCAUCACAGGACAGAGUCCCAAGGACGCUGGGAGACAAGCCAUAAUGCUGCUCCAAUUGCUGCGAGCAGCACCUCAGACUCUGCCAUCCAGGGGACAUCACGGUCCUCGAGGCGCUGCCGUGCACUGGAAUACAUCUUUCAGUAGCAGGCUGAGAGAGCA